GCGGGGCUGAGCGCGGGCAGAGCUCUUGCUCGGGGACGCCACUUGCAGCAGGGCGGCGGCAGCAUGGCCACGGCGGCGGCCCGCGGGGUCGGGGCGAGGGCGGCGGCGGCGGCCCUGCGGGGCGGCUGCGGGACCGCGGCCCGGGGGCGCCCCUCCCGGCCCCUGUGCACAGCGCCUGGGACCGCCCCGGACAGGAAGCGCUACCUGUGGGAGCGCUACCAGGAGGCGAAGAGGAGCACGGACGAAUUGGUUCCUUCAAUUAUGAACAACUUGUUGAAUCCAGAUGCCAUUUUCUCAAACAAUGAGAUGAGCCUGUCGGACAUUGAAAUCUAUGGCUUUGAUUAUGACUACACCUUGGUGUUUUAUUCAAAGCACCUCCACACACUGAUAUUUAAUGCCGCUCGAGACCUCCUCAUCAAUGAACAUCGGUAUCCCGUGGAAAUCAGGAAGUACGAGUAUGACCCAAAUUUUGCAAUUCGUGGACUUCAUUAUGAUGUGCAGCGGGCAGUGUUGAUGAAGAUUGAUGCUUUUCAUUACAUCCAGCUGGGAACUGUCUACAGAGGCCUCAGCGUUGUCCCUGAUGAAGAAGUCAUUGAAAUGUACGAGGGGUCCCACGUGCCUUUGGAGCAGAUGAGCGACUUUUAUGGAAAGAGUUCUCAUGGAAACACCAUGAAGCAGUUCAUGGACAUCUUCUCCCUGCCAGAGAUGACCCUCCUGUCCUGUGUGAACGAGUACUUUCUGAAGAACAACAUCGACUAUGAGCCUGUGCACCUGUACAAAGAUGUCAAGGACUCCAUUCGAGACGUGCACAUCAAAGGAAUCAUGUACAGAGCGAUCGAAGCCGAUAUUGAAAAAUACAUCUGCUAUGCCGAGCAGACCCGUGCGGUGCUGGCUAAACUGGCUGAUCACGGCAAGAAGAUGUUUCUCAUCACCAACAGCCCCAGCAGUUUUGUGGACAAAGGGAUGAGGUAUAUUGUUGGAAAAGAUUGGAGGGACCUGUUUGAUGUGGUCAUCGUUCAGGCCGAGAAACCAAACUUCUUUAAUGAUAAGCGGAGACCUUUCCGGAAGGUGAAUGAGAAAGGUGUCUUACUCUGGGAUAAAAUCCACAAGUUGCAGAAAGGCCAGAUUUACAAGCAGGGCAAUUUAUAUGAGUUUUUGAAGCUUACUGGAUGGAGGGGAUCCAAAGUGUUGUAUUUUGGUGACCACAUAUACAGUGACCUGGCGGAUUUGACCCUGAAGCACGGCUGGCGAACUGGUGCUAUUAUCCCAGAAUUAAGAUCUGAGCUCAAAAUCAUGAACACGGAGCAGUACAUUCAAACCAUGACCUGGCUGCAGACCCUCACCGGGUUAUUGGAGCAGAUGCAGGUUCACAGAGAUGCUGAGUCACAGCUGGUUUUGCAGGAGUGGAAAAAGGAAAGAAAGGAGAUGAGAGAAAUGACCAAAAGUUUCUUCAACGCCCACUUUGGAAGCUUGUUCCGCACAGACCAGAACCCCACCUACUUCCUGAGGCGCCUGUCGCGAUUUGCCGACAUCUACAUGGCAUCUCUGAGCUGCCUCUUGAACUACGAUGUCAACCACACGUUCUACCCCAGGAGGACUCCACUGCAGCACGAACUCCCCGCCUGGUCUGAGAGGCCCCCCACCUUCAGACUCCCCCUCCUGCGGGAGGCCCAGGCCAAGUAGCAAAGUGCCCACCUGUGGAAAAAGCCAGAAACAGUGACAGUUCCAGAUUGGGCGGACAUGAUGGGGUUGACUUAGUGUGGCUAUGGGUGUUGCUUCGGAAAAGAUACAGAUAUGCCUUUUGAUAUUUAUUUUGUACAUUAUGAGAAUACUCUCCCGGUGGUGAAGACAGAAGCCAGCAGCCCCCUGGUCACGCCUUCCUGUACAUGCAGGGCUGAACGGCAAGCUUCAUAUUGAAACUGUGAUCAGCCUUCUUGUUUACUAAGGUACUGUGACUGGUGUCAGUUUUUCUGGAAUAGGUGAGACUUCUCGAUGCCCUCUCUGUAUUCCAGCAGGUGACAUUUUGCUUGACUCCUCCGUGGAAUGUCCUGGGCAUUUACGGGCCGUGCAUGGGGAAGUGCAGGGCCACGGUGAUGUGCAGUGAUAAACUGCCUGCAGAAAGCCGAUGAUUUAGUGAGGUCUACGAUAGCAGAACACGACAGUCAGUAGCAGGAUGAUCCCCAAACAGCAGCGGCUCCCACAUCGUUCGGCAUGAGGGCUUUGGGAUUCUGGAGCAUCACUUGAAAGGAGACUCAGCCUCCUGGAAAGUCUUAG